CGGUAAGUUUUCAUAUAUUUUUUACAUAUCCCAACUGUGUUCGAGUAAAGCAAUGUUAUGGAUUCAUAGUCAACAUCCAAGGGAGCAUGCUAACAAAUUUCUGGCCCUUUGCAAACCUUACUUCACGUGAAUUUUGACUGAAGAUGACCACAUUAUCCGAUGAGAUGCGGUAUUUUUAGUUUAAAGUCACAAAAACUUAUAUUUUAUCAUGAUUAUAAAUCCUUUUUUCAUACGAUUCGUAAACGUCAACAUUUCGUCAUUAAUUAUUCCAAACCAUACCUUUAAAAAAACUUUUUGGUUAAAGUUAUAAGGUAUUUAAGAUAGAGUGUCAUCAAAAUUUUAGUAACGUGAUCAGCUGUUCGCCUCUUUUUAAUGAUAACGUCGACAGCGAUUCAUCGACAAGAAUGAAUAACGCUGAAAGCUGUUCAAAGAAACAAUUUUCAGCGCUUUUGUGCUACAGUAACUAGGAAGGAGUAAAACUUUUUUGUUCAUUUAAAAUAUUUAACGCAAAUUUAACGCUUAAUACGAAUACUCUGUAUUAUAAACAAAUCCAUCAAGUGUUAUAAAUAAUGACAUAAAGUAGACAUGUCCCAUGCAGUAAAUGUAUGUAUGUAUGUAUUGUAUUGUAUUGUAUUGUAUUGUAUUGUAUUGUAUUGUAUUGUAUUGUAUUGUAUGUAUGUAUGUAUGUAUGUAUGUAUGUAUGUAUGUAUGUAUGUAUGUAUGUAUGUAUGUAUGUAUGUAUGUAUAUAUAUGUUUUGUGUGUAUGCGCGUAUGCGUGCGUGUUUGUACUUAUGUGUAUGUGUUUGUGCGUGCGUAUGUGUGUGUAUUUGUCUGUGCGUGUAGUAUAUGUGUGUCUUUAUUAGAGUGUUUUGUGCGUAUUUAUGAUUUUUUGUCUGUGCGUUCAUGUCAAUCCAACCAUUUUUAUAUCAUUCAAUGAUAUGAUAAGGUUAAUUACUGCAAUUAUGACAUAUUGUGUUUUUGACUUUUCAGAAUUUAUAAGGGAGAAAAAGAUACAGCAAUGGAUACUUAUAAAUGUUACUAUUGUGUAUUGACAUUUUCAAUAUUCCAAGACAUCAUUAAGCAUUUGGUGGAAACACAUCCGUUGAACUGCCUGAAAUACAGAGAAUAUGAGUUAAACAGUGUCACUGGAGUAUCGGGGUAUAGAACUAAAGAAUUCAAGAACAUAGUACCUGCAGAUGGGGAAGUUUUUGUAACAAGUGACUAUAAGGUUGGUAUUUACAAAGGAGUAGAAAAUCAAAAGAAGACGAAGUUGAACACGCCUAUAAAGAAUGAUUUAAUUGAAACCAAAACUGAAAGUUAUCCACCAUUCAUAGAUAUCGACAAGAAUUUAGACGAAUAUUUACAGGAAAUGGAGAUGGAGCAACUACACGACGGUGAACACAAAGAUGAAUUUUCAGAAUUGAUUGAGUGUAUUCCAGAAGUACUUGAAAAUUUAAAAGAAAGUGGUCAAUUGAGUUCUUUCAAAAAGUUUUGUGAAUUAAUUGUCCAGAAACGAUUUCCUCUUACGAACAUUUGUUAUCUUCUAUUUCUUGACAUUGUCGAUUGGUAUUCUAAUAAUAGUACGACAGAAAUGAGAUAUUUAAGAAACCAAACUAGACAAUUCUGGGAAGUUGGUUAUCGUUUAUUUAAAGGCAAAUUUAUUAGAUUUAUGUCAGGGCCUAGAAAUACAGGUCUUAUUGUUAAAGGUGUUGAAGAAAGGGGAAACCAUUCUGCAGAACGUUCUCAAAUAAACUUUGCUGUGCCUUCACUAAGUAUGUUAACAAAAGAAAAACUAAAUCCAGUAUUUCCAGGAGUAAUUGAAACUUCCAUUGAAUUUUUAUCAAAGUGUUUAACAUCAAACUUUGUCAAAAUUGCGGUAGAUGGCAAAAAAAUUGCGCGCGGAAAAGGGAAAAUUGCUGGUGAUAUUGAUUGCUGGGGGUUUGAAGCAAAGCCCACGUUACAAGAAAAGGUCGACAGAUACAAUUUAGAAAAAAACAGAAUUCAAGAACUCACCAAUAUGAUAGAAUCUAUGAUAGAAAAAAGCCACCAUUUCAUUCCCGAUUUUAAUAUUCCAAAAGUGAUUUCGGAUCUUCAGCAUCUUAUUCUUGUUCUGAGUAAGCGAAUAAAAGAUCUAAGGGGAAUCAUUAUUCGCUUACAACUCGGGUUAGACAAGUUCAUGAAACUCGGAGAUCUGUCUUCAAAACAUUGGAGUAAAUCAAGAUUUGCACCAGUUAUAAGCAUUUUUAAAGUAAAUAAGUAUGAGGCAGAGCAAGCAAUUGAAACAUCACUUAGGUUAGUAAAACAGUUUGGUUACUUUUGCAGUAAACUAAAUGGUUGUGAACAUAACUACUCACUUAAUGAUUAUGUUAACAUAGAAAGACAUUCAAAUUACCACCAGUUAAAGAGUGAUAUCCCUGGUGAAAAUCCUCAGACUACAAAACAGAAAUCUGAAACCUGGUUAAAUCUUAGAACUCGUUCAUCUGUUACAGGAAGCACCUGUCAUACUGCAUUGGGCCAAGGGAAGUUGAAGGACAUGCAGGCUCAUUUUGAUAGAGUUAAAACAGGGAUUGAUAAUAGACAAUUUACUGAAGUUCAAUUAAGAAAUAUGAAUUACGGAACGGAUCAUGAAAUAGAUGGUAUUGCGACGGUAGUAGCGAGAAUACUGCCAUCAAUGUUUCCAGGUAUGGAGUAUUUUGAAGAGGGCUGCAUUCCUAUACCACAUGAAACAAAUCCGUUCUUUAUGAUUGUAAGUCCUGAUGGAAGUUUGCGUGACUCGAAAGAUGCAAGCCCAAAGAUAAUGUAUGAAAAUAAAUGUAAAGUGGAAAAUAACUAUAGUACACCAGUAUUUUACCAAAUUCCAAAAUAUUAUAUCGCCCAGUUGUUAUCUGAAAUGGCAUGUUAUGGUUGUAACGAACUGUUGUUUACUUGUUGGAGUAAGAGUUCCACUACAGCAUUUUCAGUGAGAUUUGAUCAGAAACUAUGGAAAAUCAUAUGGGAUGAGCUGAUUUAUACUUACUACGGAGCACACUGUAAAAGACCAAAGAAAUUUCCUGAUUCUAAACGACAGAUAGACAAAUUGUUUGAUGACUUUCAGACACACAAUGUGACGUUCAUUGGUGAGUUUCCAUCAUGUUUCGUGUCUUUUCCACCGAAAGAUGUCAAAUACGAUGGAACAAGUGUCUAUGUUUCGAAUGAAAACCACGAACAACAAUAUAGAGAACUUCCGUGUGAUGAUAUCUUGAAAACUCUGCAUGAAAUGUCAAGAACCUUAGAUGAUAUUUAUAAACUAUGUCGUUCCUCAGCUUCCGAAAUAUUAGUUUACAUGGCUAGCGAUUUAAACAGGAGCUAUCAUGCAGAAAUAAAUAACGCUCAUCCAAUUGCUUAUGCCAUGAAAGGGACAAGCAUGACUAAUGAAACUUUUGGGAAAAUGCUUGAACAUGUUACAAAGAAAUGUGAAGAAAAUGGAUUAAACGUGAUUGCAACAGCUUCUGAUGGCCAAUGGCAUAAAUAUGGCGUCCGAGACCUUGUUGACAAUAAACCACUUACAUUGUAUCAGCUACAGCGGGACAUAUGGAAAGAACAAAUGUCAGUCUCUGCAUCAGAAAUGCGCAAGUACUUAAGGAAUCUAAUGAAAGUAUCCACAGGAAACCUUGAUAAUGUGACAGUGAUAAAAAACAGUAAAGGCAAGUUAACAAUAUCCCACACAACUGAUAAACCAGUUAAGAUAUUCAAAUACAACGUAAAAUGGCACUUCGAUGAACAUACAUCAGCCAAUGAGAAAAGCUUUCAUGAUGUUUCUGAAAAUCUGGAAAGUGACAUCAUACAAACAGUUGAAACAUUUGCACCAUCGUUAGAUAUUGACGAAAAUGUCGUUUCAGGUAUCAAUACUAUCGCAGAGAAUAGGCUUACAAGUGAAAUUGAUACAGCUUCUGGAUAUUAUCUCAAGAGUUUAUUUGAAGAAGAGUGUAAUGACAUUUUCCAGACCUCAUUAACCAAUUAUAAAGAAACGAAUUAUGGGUUGAAACACCACGAUAUUCUAAAUAAGCCGAAUUCCGAUAUAAAUUUGCGAGAAAUCGAAAACAAUGAGCAAAUAAGCUAUGACAAUUAUUCUACAAGUGAUGUAAUGGGUGCUGCAUAUUCUUUAUUAUACGGUGAAGUUCAACCCGAUUCAAUGGAACAUGACAAAAUUACAUAUAAUAAUCAUGAUGAAAAUCAAACUGAACUCAUACCACACUCAGAGAUUCAAGUCACUGAAUGUGAAGAAACAAACGAGCAUAACAUAGACUUGGAAACAAACGCAUUUCUGAGGAAAUGUGAAAUUGUGCUAUGUAAGCUUCAAAGUGUUGUAAACGCUCGAAAAACAGAUUGGCAACAGUUUUCUGUGAAAACCUUUGCUGAUAUGGUUGUUCAAAAAGAAAUAUGUUGUUCUAAAAUACAAAAGAACGAGUUAAUUAUUGUUUUGAAAGAACUAAGCUCUUUGAUGAAUACCGACAUAAAGAUCUUUAAAUCUUGGACAAAAUCAAAAUUGUACGAUUCUUUAUUAUCAGCUCUAAAAACCGCAAACAACAUGCAAACUAAUUCAUCAACAAUCAAACAACACCAUAACAAUCCUGAUAAAUUAACGAAGAUUUUAUCAAAAUGGUUGAACAAAGUCCCAAAAGAAACUUUAGCAUGUGUGCUUGCACAUGACUGUUACCAUGACAGGUAUCUGAACUGGUGUUCGAAGUCAGCAAUGCCUAAUACUGACAUUAUACAGGAUUCAAAGAAUCGGUCUUGGUUUUCGGUUCCAAGUAAUAGUUGUAGUGACGCAGUUAGGUUUCAUUUUGAUGAUUGUUGCCAUAUUUUGACCUGCCUUCGAACAAAGAUUUGUACUACAGGAAUAGCCGGUUUACAACAGAUAGCUUGGGAAAAGGCGGCUAUUAGUGAAAGCACAAAAUUGAACAUUGCUAUAGUUAAAGAAUGUAUUGAUAAGCAGAGUGUUCCGUUUGCAAGACGUAUGUUUGAUUAUGAUGUAGAGGACUUUAUGAAGCAAAAUCAUUAUAAGAAAGAGGCAGAAUUUGUUCGGCUUAUCAGAGAUUGGUUCGAAGCUGAAGACUCACCAGGUAUCCCGGCGACUGAACGAUGUUGCCGACGCCUUACACUAAGAGACUAUCUUCUUGAAGAUGUAAAUUUUGCAGCAUUUCCCCCUGCUACACAGUACAUGAAAGGAAUUCCCAUUGUAACUUAUGAGGCCCUUCUUGUGCAUUUGGAGAGGAAAUUACAAAUAUUUCAAUAUGUACCCGACCAUAAAUACAAUGUCAGAGCCCUUGGUACACAAGAGGUAGAACAAUUCUUCAGUACAAUGAGCGACAUGGACCCAUCAGGACUAGGCACUCCUAAACCGGAUGACAUUCCUGAUAUCAUCGCCACUGCAGCAUAUUUGGAUAAUGUUAGAAUGAGUCCAGAAAGGUCUUUUCAUUUCAAGACCAGUCGAGCACCAGUGUAUCCAGACGUUGUACUGGAACACCAUAGUAAUGACUCAAAUGAAAAGGAACAUGUCAAUGAUGUUAUGGACCACUUUUUUGAUACUGAAGCUCGUUUACGUAGAAAGCAGAAAAGAAAGUCAGGACUGAUAACAUCCCCAAGCCAACCAGCACGCAGGCAGUUAGGAGUCAGGCAAUACCAUGCAUGUCGAGAAGAUAAACUCAGCGCAUUGUCUCGGAAAAACAAAACUGACCUUUAACACAUUGUUAACACAUGACUUUGAACUAAAAGUAGAACUCUUUCAUGAAAAAAAACACAAUAGAGAAGAUACUUGUUUGAUGAAGGUUUCUGACCUUAAUGAUUCAUACGAUAAGUAUGCCUAUGAAAAAGAUAUACAUAUUCAGUGUUCAAUACUUUAUUUCAAUCAAGUUGCAAUUACAAUAAUCAAGUUGUUAAUGACUAGAUAGAUAUACAAAUAUAAAUAUAAUUAAGAUGAUUUGUAAAACAAUUUUUAAGAUAAAACAUGUUUUUCCUCUUUCAUGAGUUGUGUGAAAUAAAGUAAGUCAUUAAAAGAAUACAAUAAAACAAAAAAUACUGAAUGCAAUUUUGAUUUCUAUAUUUUCAUAUAAAAAAAAACUUAUAACAAAAAGUUAUACCGUACUUGGUACUUUACUCAAAAGUAAAAGAAGAUAUAAAAAUUACAAACUUCACAUAUCAUGAAAAUAGCAAAACAAUGUGUACAUGUCUGAUCUUGUGAUAAAAAGAGCAUUUUUUUAAACAAUGAAAAUACAAAAAUACAAAAUUAAUUGUGGUAUUAUUAACAAUGGAAUUAUGUUUUGUGUAAACAAGAUAUUUCUAAUUAAACGGGAUUACGUGUUAUGACAAAACAUCAUUAUUAUAAAGAUUUCCUCAGGUUAUAUGACCAAGAAAAAUGACGUUUUUUAUAUAACCCGAGUUAUAUAAAUAAGGGUUUAUAUACUUAACACUUCAAAAAGUUAUACCUCUAAGAGUAUAUCUUUAUCAUCAUUACAUAUUGAAGUAAAAUAUUUAAUAAAAACAAUUACU